AUGCUUGCAUUUUCUCUCAUGAUUUUAUUACUGACUAUUAAUACUCUUAAAGGAGAUUUAUAUGGUAUUGAUAGUCUUACUAAUAAAAAAUCAAUUGAAUGUCGAAUUCUAAAUUUUCUUUCUUAUGAAACAUUUGGCUGUUUUUAUAUGAGUUGUGUCCUUCAAGCAUUUUAUCGAUUAACAAGAGUUGUAUAUACUAAAUAUAAAUUUUUACAGGCAUUUUCAUUCAAUUUAAUAUGCGUUGUACUUCAAUGGAUUAUUUAUUUUCUACUAAUACUUCCAUCAUACUUUUGGUCAGAACUAUAUUAUUCUUCAUAUGAAUCAGAUUAUUCAUGUAGUAUUCGAUAUGAAAAAAUUCUUGAACUUUCUUAUACAAUUAUAAAUAUCUUCUUUUUACCUCCUGUUUAUUUGGCCUUAAUCUAUGCUCGUUUGUUGUAUUUUAUUCGUUAUAAAGCUCCUCAAUUGUUACAUGCGCAAAAACGAAGAAGAGCACAUCGUGAUCUUGCUGUUACUCGUCGUAUUUUAUUUACUGUUAUUGUUCUUAUUCUACCAGGAAUACCAAAUCUAGGUUUCACUCUGAUGACAAAUGUUGAUUUUCGUUUUUCAGGCUCAUAUUAUAUGUAUCGAAUUCAAUUUAUGGGUCCAAUAUUAACUGUGUUCACACUUAGUAUAGUGAUUGCAUUUAUUACUCCACAAAUCAAACAAAUACUGUUAAAAUUAAAAUGCUGGAGAAGUCAAGUAGUACCAAUGACAAUACAAAUGCGAAAACUACGACAACCUUCUGUUCUUCAACUAACACGAAAUCAAAUUUAA